UCUCUCUCUCUCUCUCUCUCUCUCUCUCUCUCUCUCUGCGAAUCGUAAAGCCCGUCCUCCUCGCCCGUCCACACGGCUCACUGGUCUUUGCUUUUCUAAGACAGGUCAGUACAUACUUUUCGGAAAUAUCCGCAAACUGUUGUAGGAGUACCCACAACUAAUACUUCUGGUAUAGGGCACACACACUUGAAGAAGGAAGGAGGUAUUGGGUAACUGGCUCAUGUCACCCAAAUCUAUCACCAGAAAGCCUAGGAGCAAGUGUGCUUGGUUGCUAGUCUUCCCCAACGGUAAAUCCUAUUAAAUUGAGUGUACCUACAAAAUGGGGGACUGUCCAGGUUAUGUUCUUAGCUGCUUGCACUCUUUCAAUCUUGCUGGCUUGGCGGUUAUGGUCUCUGCUGGAAUUGUACUUCAAAUCUUGGCAUGUGCUUUGUACAGCAAUUGGUGGCCGAUGCUGUCUGCCCUACCAUAUGCACUUCUACCCAUGCCUGCUUUGUUUUUAUUGGGAAGUGACUCAACCUCUAUACUUUCAAGUGAAACUAGUAGUUGGGUAGAUGCAGCAAAGUUCCUGACUGGAAUUAUAGUGGUGUGGAGCAUUGCUAUACCAACUAUCUUGAAGCAUGCAGGCAUUAUUGGGUGGGGGGCCAUGUUUAUGGAUCUUUCUUCUUUUGUCAUAUUUAUAUUGUCAGCAAUCUCUUAUUUUCGGAUGAGCAGUGAAGCUGAGUAUGGUAUACUUUGAACUUUGAAUUGCGGAUGACACCAGACACAUACCAGUGCAUUCACUUCUUUUAUAUUUGGAGAGUGGUUUGUCUACUCAUUUAAGGAUUUGUUUUUCUUUCUUGUCCCCGUCAUUUCUUCUACCAAUUUGAGGCUGGGGCCCUUUUUUUCUCUUUAUGUUUUGGCAGUUUGCUGAAGCUUGUGGAGAAAGUGUAUGUCAUUGAACAUAUUCUAAGAACUCUCGAGAUGUUUAAUAUUUUUUAAGCAUUUCGUAAUGGAUGUGGUAUUAUAUUCA